GUUUAUCGCUGAUUUUUUCAAGCACGAGACUUGUCAGUUUGAGGUUAUCCAUAGAAGGUUAUCCCAGUCAUCUAAAAGAAUCUCGUAAAAAUAAAACACAGUGACUUAACAAUAGUAAUCCCAUUUAAAUUACAAAAUUUCUGCUUUUAACAGCGGCCUAAAAUAGAUUCGACAUAUUUUCGUGUACGGUUUGUUUAAACGGUAAUCAUUGAGAAAUCUGGGAAAAUGGAUAAAGAAAACUUAAAGAAAAACAUGCUAUUGGGUAUGGGAAAUCCUUUAUUGGAUAUAUCAGCUGUUGUUGAUAAGUCAUUCUUAACAAAAUACGGAAUGAAAGAGAACGAUGCCAUUUUAGCUGAUGAAAAACAUAAAAAUCUCUACACUGAACUUGUAGAGAAAUACAACGCCGAUUUUAUAGCUGGUGGUAGUGUACAAAACGCUUUAAGAGUCGCCCAAUGGCUUUUGGAGUUCCCAAAAGUUACAACCUUCUUUGGAUGUGUUGGGGAUGAUAAAUAUUCGAAAAUAUUGUGUGAUAAAGCCCGCGAGAAUGGCGUAAAUGUCCAAUACCAAGUAAAUUCCAAAGAACCCACUGGAACUUGUGCCGUUCUUAUAACAGGUACACAUAGAUCAUUGUGUGCCAACUUGGCAGCUGCUAACUUAUUUACCAUUGACCAUAUUGCCAAAGAGGAGAAUAAAAAGCUUGUGGAUACAGCGCAUUUUUACUAUGUUUCUGGUUUUUUCCUGACAGUCAGCCCUCCUUCAAUCAUGGAGGUUGCUAAAGUGGCCUUAGCUCAUAAACGUCCAUUUUUAAUGAACCUUAGUGCCCAAUUUAUUGUACAAUUUUUCAAAGAUCCUUUGAUGCAAGUUAUGCCAUACGUUGAUGUUCUGUUUGGCAAUGAAACUGAAGCCGAAACUUUUGCAACCGAACAAAGUUUCGGUACAACCGAUUUAAAGGAAAUUGCCUUGAAAAUUUGCGAAUUACCAAAACAAUACGAAGACAGGCCUAGACUUUGUAUCAUUACAAACGGACAUAAACCUGUCAUUAUGGCCCAUGAGGGCAAAAUAAGGGAAUUUCCCGUGACUGUCUUGGAAAAAGACAAAAUUGUGGACACAAACAGUGCCGGCGACGCUUUUGCCGGCGGUUUUCUGUCCCAGUACAUCCAAGGGCAAGACCUUGAAAUUUGCAUAAAAUGCGGCAUCUGGGCCGCGACGGAAAUCUUGCAACGCAGCGGUUGCACUUUUUCGGGAAAAGCGAGUUUCACACCUUAAAAAUUUUUAUUUUAUUGAUCUGAUGUUAGUAAAUAAAUAUUCGGUAAGGCGGCCUUGAAUUAUUUUUAUAAUUUUGCACCACUUUGCAUUAAUUAUUGCAAUGCUGCAGCCUAAAUAUAAUUUUUCAUAGUGUACUUACUAAUUUUAUAUAUAUUGCACAUAUGUAUAUUUAACAAACAAAGUUAUGGAAUUCUUAUUAUUGUAUUGGGUAAAGUGUAUUUUUAUUGGUAUACCAUGAAAAUUUUGUCGAAAUCGGUUAGAAAAUAACGAAGUUAUAGCACUUUUUAGAUAUCAAGGUCAUAACUGUCAAAAUUUGACAGUUGUGGCCUUGAUAAAUAAAAUCACUAUAACUUCGUCAUUUUUUUAUCGAUUUCGACAAAAUUUUCAGUGUAUACUGAAAAACUUACGCUCUAUAUGAUGCAAUGUUAGUUUUUAUAUUUUGUUACCAAAUAAACAGUACAAACCUCGAAUUAAAUAAAAUAUUGGUUGU